AUGAAUAGUAUCAACGAUGAUGACACCGAUGAUAUGAUGCUAAUGAAUUUUAGCACAUCUCUGCCACCAACUGAUACCACAAAGAAUACUAUUUCUAAAAGUAAAAUUACAGGUGGUUCAUGGAAAGACCGUAGAAGACUACAAAACAUGUUAAAUGGUAAAACCAACAAUGAUAAGAAAAGAACAACUGCUAUUAAAAACAUCAAUGAUAAAAGCAAUGAUAAAAGCAUUAAAACUUCAAAAUCAGAAUCUACUGUACAGAAUAAAGGAGCACAAAGGGAAACUUUAGAAGAGUCUAUUAAUAAUAAAGAAUCUUUAGAUCAUAAGGUCACCAAAAGUAGACCACCACAACAAACGGAUUAUAACUUGAAUAAGCAAAUUGUUUCUUCAUUAUUUACAUCCAAUAAAAGUAUAUUUACUACUACCAAUAACAAUGAACGGAGUGGUGAAAAAGCAAACCCGUCUAAUGCACCUUUAUUAUCUGAACAAAACACUUUUGAAUCGUUAGGUAUUGAUAAUCCAAUUUUACUCAAGAAUUUGAAGGACAGGUUGAAAGUUACGAAGCCCACUAAAAUUCAAAAAUUGGCUAUCCCAAAAAUCUUAUCGAAAAAUGAUUUAAAAAAACAACAGAAAACACACGAAAAUGGUACUAAAAAGAAAAAUCUUUUUAUUCAUGCACAAACGGGUAGUGGUAAAACUUUAUCAUUUCUAUUGCCCCUUUUGAAUACCAUAUUAUCAUUAAAUGAAGAUGCAGACGGUAAUACUGGAAGUUCAAAAUUGAAUAGAAAUUCUGGGUGUUUUGCAUUAAUAAUUACACCAACUAGAGAAUUGGCAUCCCAAAUAUAUACGGUUUUAAACACCAUAACAGUACAUUAUUUAGUUCCGUGUUUAUUGAUUGGGGGUGAAAAGAAAAAGUCGGAAAAGGCAAGAUUAAGAAAAGGUGUUAAUUUCAUUAUUGGCACGCCAGGCAGAAUUUUGGAUCACUUGACAAAUACACGUUCUUUGAAAAAUAAUCAGCUAGCAUCGUUAAAGUAUUGUAUUUUAGACGAAGGAGACAAAUUAAUGGAAUUGGGCUUUGAAGACACUUUGAAACAAAUAUUUGAAAUUAUUAAUCAAGAGGUUACCAAUAUAAAUUACCAGAUGAUUUUAUGCUCCGCUACUAAAAGUGACAAUGUAGGUAAAUUAGGAGAUGAAUUGUUAAAAAGUUAUUAUACAGUCAGCUCCAGUUCAUCAGAUAAUAACACUGGUCUUAAUUUGGAUGCGAAUACGGUACCUGAUCAAUUAUUGCAGAAAAUAGUUAUUGUGCCAUCUAAAUUAAGAUUAGUUACACUAGCUGGAUGUCUAAGUAACAUUACUAUGCAAAAUAUGAAAGAAAAAGCUAAUAAGAAAGUUUUGAGGACUAUUGUUUUCUUAUCCUGUGCAGAUAGUGUUGAUUUUCAUUAUGAUGUUUUUGCUCAUGGCUCAACUCGAAUUAAGGAAAUAUUGAAUGAUACUGUUGUUUCUACGACAAACGGUAAUACAAUUUUACCAUCAUUUUUAAAACAACAAAAACAACAAGAAAAAGAAGAAGAAGAAGAAAAAGAACAAAACAAAAAACAGGAAGAGAAAGGAAAGGAGGGAGAAUCAAGUAACAAAUAUAGGACUAACUAUGUGUUUCAUAAAUUACAUGGUUCUUUAUCUCAGCAAGUACGUACUGCCACACUAAAACAUUUUUGUUCUGAUAAAGGCCAAGAGGGUAAGCAUUUGAUAUUAUUCUGUACUGAUGUUGCUAGUAGAGGUCUAGAUUUGCCUCAUGUUUCAACAGUUAUCGAAUUAGAUCCACCGUUUGCCGUUGAAGAUCAUCUACAUAGAAUUGGUAGAACGGCAAGAGCAGGUAUUGGAGGUGAGAGUAUUUUAUUUUUGUUACCUGGUGAAGAGGAAGGAUAUAUGGAUUAUAUUAAACCAUUUCAUCCUAAAGGUUGGAAAUUAAUGAAAUAUGACAAGGAUGUAUUACAAAUGGCGUUUUCUAACAUUGAUGUUGCUAGAGGUGAUAAAAGGAGAAUUAGUAAUUUAGAAAACAAGAAAUCCUUUGAAAGUGCGUGGGAUAGCAAUGCCACCACCUGGCAUUUAAAUGUUGAAAGAAGGGUUUUAGAAGAUUCUAAAUUUAAAAAUUUAGCUAUCAAUGGGUUUACUAGUCAUGUUAGAGCUUAUGCUACACAUAUUAGUAAAGAAAAACAAUUUUUUAAUGUAAAAUUUUUACAUUUGGGACACUUGUGUAAAAGUUUUGGUCUCAGAGAAAGACCAAAGAAUUUGGGUAUGAUGUAUAGUAAUAAUGGUAAUAAAAGAUCGAAGGAUGGUAAUGAAGAUAGCAGCAAGCGUAGGAAGAAAGAGGAUAGUAGGUCUAAAAUGUUGAGACUUGCUAAACUGGCAGUUAAACAAAGUUCAGAUGAAUUCAAUUAUUAA